CCGGGAGGGCCGGAGGGGCUAGGGUUUUUCAGCACCCAACCCCAAACCAAGGCAACAGACCAUUUUGCCGCCGCACCACUCCCGCCUCCACCGCCGACCCCCUCGCCGCCGUCGGGAAUGGAAUCCAGCGCCGAUAAACUUCGCGGCCUCCGCAUCACCUCCCUGGAUGAGGAUGAUGACGAGACCGUGGUUCCGCACCAGGCCCUUCCGGGCCCAGCCGCCGCGGCAGCGGAUUACGAAGACGACGACGAGGAUGAGGAAGAGGCGGAAGUGACCCUUGGUGUCCUUAAGAAGCCGAAGCGCCCAGGCCUCCUCCUCCGCCACUUGUUCCCCAGCAAGGCCGGCGGCAUCCCGGCGUGGCUGGACCCCGUGAACGUGCCUUCCGGGAAAUCCAGCUGCUGUGGUUUCUGUGGCGAGCCUCUGCAGUUCCUCCUCCAGAUUUAUGCUCCAAUUGUGGACAAUGCCGCAGCAUUCCACCGAACCAUGUUCGUGUUCAUGUGCUCGUCGAUGGCGUGCUUGCUCCGAGAUCAGCAUGAACAGUGGAAUCACAAGCAUGGGAAUCCAUGUCGAAGCAUCAAGGUUUUCCGGUGCCAGUUGCCACGGACUAAUGCCUUCUACUCACCUGAACCUCCAAGGCAUGAUGGCUCUGACAAGCCACUAUGUCCAGGAGCUCCUGUAUGUCACUGGUGUGGUACCUGGAAAGGUGAUAAAAUAUGUAGUAGCUGCAAGAAAACAAGAUACUGUUCUGAGAAACAUCAGGCACUCCAUUGGUGCACUGGUCAUAAAAAUGAUUGCCUCCAGUUAAUCAGUUCUUCUGAUGCUUCAAAAUCUGUUCUGCCGGCUAUAGGAAAAGUUCCUGCUAGCACUUCCUGGCCAGAAUUUGAGAUAGAAAUUGACUUUGAGGAUACCUUUGAUUCUGAUAGUUGUGAUGAAAAUAACUCGAAGUCCUUGGUAAUGCACAGACAUGGGAAACCAGAUGCUAUGAUGCAGUCAUGGAUGGAUCAUUUUGAGGCUGAUGCUGACAACAAGUGCUGGGCAUCUUUUCAAGAGCGUGUCUCAAGAGCACCAAACCAAGUCUUGAGGUAUUGUCGAGAACCAAAUGCUAAACCUCUCUGGGCGUUAUCUUCAGGGUGUCCGUCAAAUGCUGAUAUUCCAUCAUGUAGCUCCUGUAAAGGUCCAUUAUGCUAUGAAUUUCAGAUAAUGCCACAAUUGCUUUAUUAUUUGGGUGUGGGAAACCAACCAGACUCACUUGACUGGGCAACAAUUGCUGUUUACACAUGUCAAGGGUCAUGUGACCAAAAUGUUAGCUACAAAGAGGAAUUUGCUUGGGUUCAGUUGUACCCUACAACAACCCUGAUGCGUUGAUAAUAAUUUCCACUUCCUCGGAGUAACUGCUGUCCAAUGCUGCAGCUAGGGAGGUCCGGGGAUCAUCUAUAUGCACUCCAGACCCGUGUUCCAAGCAAGUCUCUUUUUGGUACUGGAGAUUUGGAAAUGGGAAUUGACCGUGAAGUUUUAAGCAUCUUCCGAGCGUGGUCCCAGAUUCCCAUGCUUGGUGCUGGUUACAUUGGCUUUGGUCCAUUUAGACACUACUCUAAGGGCCCAUAUAGACGUGAUGACGAAUAGUUGCAUACUUCCAUUUUUGUGGUCACCACCACGGGCGGUUUAAUGGUGUAGUUGGUGUUCAUUUUGUUAAAUAUCUUUGGGGCGUUUUUCUUCUAUCAAAAAGAUAUUGACAUGCUUGAGCUUGAGAAGCUUCUGGCCCAGUGGGUCCGUAAAACUCACUUGGAUAAGCCCUUUUUCCCUCCAGAUUGGUAAAACCUUUUUUUUUUGCUUAGUUUGAGAUCAGAAGGUCCUCGCAUACAUGUACACUUUUCCGACGAAGACGCUAAAAUUUUUAUGGUUUAGUUUUUUUAUUUUGUAUGGUAAUAACAUUAUGGUAUGUCAAGUCAAGUCAUCCACCA